AAACCCGAAAAACCCGAAAACCCCGAAAAGGCAGUUGGUGUUUACUAUUUAUUUAGACCGGAAAGCUCUGUUUCUUCUUCGUCACCUCUCUUCGGUUGAAGAAGGCUCUAUUCAGAAAAACUCCACUCAAAUCAUGGGGAAAGUGAAGGGCAAGCACAGGCAAGAUGUGUACUACCGUCUAGCUAAAGAGCACGGCUACCGUUCAAGAGCUUCAUGGAAGCUGGUCCAGUUGAAUUCCAAAUUUUCCUUCCUCUCCUCGUCUCGUGCUGUUCUCGACCUCUGCGCCUCCCCAGGUGGGUGGAUGCAGGUGGCUGUCGAGCGUGUGCCCGCUGGCAGCCUCGUUAUCGGCCUCGACCUCGUUCCCAUCCCUCCUCUCCGUGGUGCCAUCUCCCUACAGCAGGAUAUUACGAAGCCUGAAUGCAAGGCCAGGAUUAAGAAGGUCAUGGGGGAGUAUGGUGUUAAAGCUUUUGAUUCGGUUUUGCAUGAUGGGUCUCCCAACGUUGGAGGUGCCUGGGCGCGGGAGGCAAUGAGCCAGAAUGCUUUGGUUAUUGAUGCGGUGAAGCUAGCUACCCAGUUCUUGGUUCCUAAAGGGAAUUUUGUCACUAAGGUUUUCAGGUCACAGGACUACAGUUCCGUCAUCUACUGUCUCAAACAGUUAUUUGAAAAGGUUGACGUGCACAAACCUGCAGCUAGUCGUGCCACAUCUGCUGAGACGUAUGUUUUGGGUUUAAAGUACAAGGCUCCUGCAAAGAUUGAUCCACGUCUUCUAGAUUUUAAGCAUCUAUUUCAGGGAUCUGUAGAACCACAGAAGAAGGUGAUUGAUGUACUUCGCAGAACAAAACAGAAGAGACACCGUGAUGGGUAUGAAGAUGGCGCUACAAUCUUGAGGAAAGUAUCUUCAGCUGCUGAUUUCAUAUGGUCAGACUCUCCCCUUGAGAUCUUGGGUUCAGUUACUUCCAUAACCUUUGAUGAUGCAGCUUCUUUGCCUAUUAAGGAUCAUAGUUUAACCUCAGAAGAGGUUAAAGCUCUUUGUGAUGACCUGCGUGUUUUGGCAAAGCAAGAUUUCAAGCACCUAUUGAAGUGGCGAAUGCACAUAAGAAAAGCUCUGUCUGCUUCAGAAAAGGCAUCUUCUACCACUUCUGUAAAAGAUGUUGAAAAGGAAGAUGAAAAGGAUCAAGAUGAUGAACUACUUAAUGCAAUGGAGGAGCUGACAUAUGCUAUGGAACGAAAGAAGAAGCGAGCUAAGAAGCUUCUUGCAAAAAGACAAGCUAAGGAUAAGGCACGGAAGGCUACAGGAAUGCAAGUAGAUGCUAUGGAAGAUGGUUAUGUUGACAAUGAGUUGUUUUCUCUUUCUUCCAUAAAGGGAAAGAAAGAUCUUGUGGCUGUGAAUUCCAGUGAAUACAAUGAUGGGAAUGAAGAUGUGGUGGGUAGUGAAGAUGAAGAAAACAAGGAGGAAACUGGGGAGGAGGAUUCAUCCAAUGAUAUUGAUUCUGAUGAAGAACGAAGAAGAUAUGAUGAGCAAAUUGAGGAGAUUCUUGAUCAGGCUUAUGACCGAUUUGUUUCCAAAAAGGACGGAAGCACAAAGCAGCGGAAGCGGGCAAAACAGUCCCAUUCUGAGCAAUUGGAUUUAUGGUUGUUUAAUCGGGUCAACAUUCCUCUUUUUCUAGCUGAGGGUAGCGAUGAUGAUAUCAUCCUUUACGACCAAGAUUCAGACAAAGAUGAGGGUGAUCCUGAAGCAAAUCCUCUCAUGGUGCCACUGGAUGAUGGGAAGAUGCCAACUCAGGAGGAGAUCACAAACAAGUGGUUUGCUCAGGAUAUUUUUGCUGAAGCUGUAGAGGAGGGAUAUUCGGGGAAGUAUGAUAGUGAGGAUGAAAUGCAGGUAGAUAGCCGAGAGGAAAGACCUUCCAUCACUGACAAGACAAAAGUAAAGAGGCAGGAAGAACCAUCUGUCCCAGAGAAGGCCAAGGAAAAGGCAGUGAAACAUGCUGGAGGCCCAAAUCGCACACAGGCACCUGCUUCUAAGGCAGAAAAUGAUUUUGAGAUUGUCCCAGCCCCAGUUACCAAUUCGAGUGAUGAUUCAUCUUCAGAUGAUUCAGAGGAUAAUGACAUCGAUACAAAACCUGAGAUAUUGGCUUGUGCGAAGAAGAUGCUGAGGAAGAAACAAAGGGAACAAGUACUGGAUGAUGCUUAUAGCAAGUAUACAUUUGAUGAUGAGGGUUUGCCCAAAUGGUUUUUAGAGGAAGAGAGGAGACACUGCCAACCAAUUAAGCCUGUCACUAAAGAGGAGAUUGCUGCUAUGCGAGCACAGUUCAAAGAAAUCAAUGCCCGACCUGCUAAGAAGGUGGCAGAGGCAAAAGCCCGAAAGAAGCGGGCAGCCAUGAGGAAACUCGAGAAGGUUCGGAAGAAAGCAAACAGUAUAUCAGACCAAACAGACAUCUCAGAUCGUUCAAAGAGGAAGCAAAUCGAACAGUUGUACAAGAAGGCCACACCUAAAAGGCCAAAGAAGGAAUAUGUGGUAGCAAAGAAAGGAGUUCAAGUCAAGGCUGGCAAGGGUAAAGUGCUUGUUGACCGAAGAAUGAAAAAGGAUGCAAGGACAUGGGGAAUGCGCAAGCCAGGUAAGGGUAGCUCAAAGAUGGGAAAGCAUGCAAAGGCAUGGAAAGGUAAAGGAUCCGUUAAGGCUUCAGGAAAGAAGGGAAAAUAAUAGAGGAAGCAAAGGAAAGAUGGGCAUUCAAGCCUAAAACCGUUAGGAGCCUUCAAAAUAUUUGACCUUUUUGGCCCCUUUUAGUCUAUUAUUUUAAUGUUUUAUCCUUUUUGUGUUAGUGAUUUGUUCAAUCCAUUUCUUAGACUUUUUCUUUCUCUUUAGGAAAAUGAUUCAUGAAUAGUUUGUUAACAAUAUGAUGGCAAUGGUUUGUUGAC